CCCAUGCAUCUGCUAUCUUCCUCUUGAACACUGACAGUGAAAGUUUUCAGACGAGCAUCCACAAAUACAUUUUAGAGUGAAAGAGCAACAGGCAUUCAACAUGUCUUUCAAAGUGAUGGAGAAGACAGAAGUGCGUCUGGUGUUUUUGGGAGCAGCAGGAGUGGGGAAGACAGCCCUGAUUCAACGAUUCCUCAAAGACACCUUUGAGCCUAAGCACCACCGCACAGUGGAGGAACUCCACAGAAAGGAAUAUGAAGUGGGGGGUGUCAAAGUCACCAUCAACAUCAUGGAUACCAGUGGGAGCUACUCCUUCCCUGCCAUGCGUAAGCUCUCCAUCCAGAACAGUGACGCCUUUGCCCUUGUCUAUGCCGUGGAUGACCCUGAAUCCCUGGAGGCGGUCAAGAGUCUGCGAGAGGAAAUCCUGGAGGUCAAAGAGGACAAGUACACACCAAUUGUUGUGAUAGGCAACAAGAUUGACCGUCACAAUGAGCGUCAGGUGUCCAGCGAGGAUGUGCUGUCCACAGUGGAGCUGGACUGGAACCACAGCUUCCUGGAGUCUUCAGCCAAAGACAACAUCAAUGUGAUGGAGGUUUUCAGGGAGCUGCUCCAGCAGGCCAAACUGCCCAGUCGGCUCAGUCCGGCGCUGUGCCGGAGACGAGAAACCUUCCCCAAGGAGAUCAAUAAACACCCUCGUAUCAACAAGACCAACAGCUGCCACAUCUCAUAAUGGUGUGGAGCUGCUCAGAAGGCAACCACAGGAGGAAAAAAACUGAGGAAGGAUGAGAGAAAAAUGCCCCAAAAAGACUGAAAGGGCUUUGUUGGUGGGGAGCUGACUGGACAGAGACAAACCAAGAGACAGUGUGAAGACUAAAGAAACUGAGCACUGGAGGCACAGAAAUGCUACAGCAGGGACAGAGAUGUAAUGAUGAAACCAUACCACCUUAAAGACAUGAAAGAAUGUGGCUGAACAACAGUUUGAACAGUAAAAAAAAAAAAAGAAACGGUCCACAGACGUUACUUACUAUGAAUGUCAAAAACAAUGCUGUGACAAAUGGUGACAGUACAGAAGCAGCGUCAACAGUUUUCACUUAAAUCUCUGUAUAUGUGAUGUUUCAGUUUGGCGUUUUGUCUUACUAGUGUUAAAAAGGUGCAAUAAUUAAAGUGAAGUGUAUUUGUGCAAAUGUUUGUGUCUACAUAUGAUGGUUUUAUGAAUCAGAUGAACAAUUGAAGAACCUGGAAGCUGUCCUGAAACUCUGAAAUGAUGCUUUGCAUAACCAUUACUAAUUUGCUGUUAAAAUGUAAACUAUUGUUUUUAAAUACUAAAACAUUUAACUAAUAAAAACUUAUUUUGUUUAGGGCUGCACCAUUUUUUGUUAAGAAUUUCAAUGUCAAAGUGUUUCUUAUUCACUAUGUCACUGGUGAUGUUUGUUUUAUUCAUCCAAUGCUGAUUUUAAUGCAAAUAAAGCCACCAUCUGUAUUUUCACUGGUGAUUUUUCUUUGUGGCAGAAUAGCAGUGGGAAAUUAGAAUUUACAUGGUCAAACUUAAAGAUAUGAUGUACUAUUUAUGUACUAUUUAACUGCUUCUAA